AUGGAAAAACUGCUUUUUUCCCUGUUGUUCAUUGGCAUGGCAGUGAGAGCACAGAUCUGUCCAAAGCGGUGUGUGUGUCAGAUUUUGUCUCCUAAUCUUGCAACACUUUGUGCCAAGAAGGGCCUCUUAUUUGUUCCACCAAACAUUGACAGAAGAACUGUGGAGCUCCGACUGGCAGACAAUUUUGUAACAAAUAUUAAAAGGAAAGAUUUUGCCAAUAUGACAAGCUUGGUGGACUUGACUCUAUCUCGGAAUACAAUAAGUUUUAUUACACCUCAUGCUUUUGCUGAUUUACGGAACUUGAGGGCUUUGCAUUUGAACAGUAACAGACUGACUAAGAUCACAAAUGAUAUGUUCAGUGGACUUUCCAAUCUCCAUCACCUAAUUCUAAACAACAAUCAGCUGACUUUAAUUUCUUCUACAGCAUUUGAUGAUGUUUUAGCCCUUGAGGAGCUUGAUUUAUCCUACAACAAUCUCGAGAAUAUACCUUGGGAAGCUGUUGAAAAAAUGGUUAGUUUGCAUACACUUAGUUUGGAUCACAAUAUGAUUGACCACAUACCUAAAGGGACUUUCUCCCAUCUGCACAAGAUGACUAGAUUAGAUGUAACAUCAAAUAAAUUGCAGAAGCUACCACCUGACCCUCUCUUUCAGAGAGCUCAGGUACUAGCGACCUCAGGAAUCAUCAGCCCAUCCACGUUUGCAUUAAGUUUUGGUGGAAACCCUUUGCACUGCAAUUGUGAAUUACUGUGGCUGAGACGUCUUUCAAGGGAAGAUGACUUGGAGACUUGUGCUUCUCCAACACUUUUGUCUGGUCGAUAUUUCUGGUCAAUCCCAGAGGAAGAGUUUUUGUGUGAACCUCCACUCAUUACUCGGCAUACUCAUGAAAUGAGGGUAUUAGAAGGACAAAGAGCCACGUUGAGGUGCAAGGCUAGGGGAGAUCCAGAGCCUGCAAUUCACUGGAUCUCUCCAGAAGGAAAGCUGAUUUCAAAUGCAACAAGAUCUCUUGUAUAUGACAAUGGGACACUUGAUAUACUUAUAACAACUGUAAAGGAUACAGGUUCUUUUACCUGCAUUGCUUCCAAUCCUGCAGGGGAAGCAACACAGACAGUGGAUCUCCAUAUAAUCAAACUCCCUCAUUUGUUAAAUAGUACAAAUCAUAUUCAUGAGCCUGAUCCUGGGUCCUCAGAUAUUUCAACUUCUACUAAGUCAGGUUCUAAUACAAGUAGUAGUAAUGGGGAUACUAAAGUGAGUCAAGAUAAAAAAGUUGUAGUAGCAGAAGCAACAUCCUCUACUGCACUACUUAAAUUCAAUUUUCAAAGAAAUAUACCUGGAAUACGUAUGUUCCAAAUUCAGUACAAUGGUACUUAUGAUGAUUCACUUGUUUACAGAAUGAUACCUCCUACGAGCAAAACAUUUCUUGUCAAUAACCUGGCUGCUGGAACUGUAUAUGACUUGUGUGUCUUGGCUAUAUAUGAUGAUGGCAUCACUUCCCUCACUGCCACAAGAAUCGUGGGUUGCAUCCAAUUUACCACAGAACAGGAUUAUGUACGUUGCCAUUUCAUGCAGUCUCAGUUUUUAGGAGGCACCAUGAUUAUUAUAAUUGGUGGCAUCAUUGUAGCAUCUGUGCUUGUUUUUAUCAUCAUUUUAAUGAUCCGCUAUAAGGUUUGCAAUAACAAUGGGCAGCACAAAGUCACCAAGGUCAGUAAUGUUUAUUCUCAAACUAAUGGGGCCCAAAUCCAAGGCUGCAGUGGAACAAUGCCUCAAUCAGUUUCCAAACAAGCUAUAGGACAUGAUGAGAACAUUCAGUGCUACAAAGGUCCCAGUGAAAAUGUGACUCAAUCUUCAGACACUUGUUCAAGUCAGGACUCUUCUACCACUACCUCCGCUUUGCCACAUACCUGGACUUCAAGCACUUCUGCAUCCCAAAAGCAGAAACGAAAGAUGGGGCCAAAGCCAAGUAACGAUCCACAGAAUGAAGCUGUUUCAAGUGUUGAAUCCCAAAAUGCUAACAGGAAUAACUCAACUGCAUUGCAGUUAGUUAGCCGUCAUGCUGAUUCUGGCAAAGAGGUUCCCACAUCUAAAAGAGCACAAUCAAAGUCAAGUAAGUUUCUCACUGUGCCUGCUGAAAGAUCCAGAGCAAGGCGCAGGUACUCUCUGAAUGGAAAAUUAAUGGAAUACCAUUGUUAUGUUAAGUCAGAAAACACAGGUGUAUUAUGGUCUAAAAGGAGCAUGUCUAUGAAUGGGAUGGUAAUUCAGUCAGGCGAUUCUGACUUGGAUAGUGGAAAAGCAACAUUUUCAAGAUCUGAGUGGAUUUUAGAAAGCACUGUGUGA